AUGCCGAGCUCCUGUACCCAUGGCUACCCAGUCUUCCUUUCUCAUACACAACCUGUUAUAGUUGUGUUAGAAUACCAAUCACAUAUUCCUUUAUAUGUAACAGCAACAAACAUCGAGACUGUGAAUGCUAUAAUUGAGAAGAAGUUACUACCAAUGUUAAGAAUGCCUAACAGUGAAGAUUAUCAACUGUGGUUCUGUCCUAGCCCUGAGGAAGCUCUAAUAGCACUCCAAGGUUCUGAAUAUCCACAUGACAUCAUAAUGACCAACCAUCAAAAUAACUUCAGAAGAACAAAUUCAAGAAUUUUCACAGCUUUUCCAGACUUACCUGGGUUGGUUGUGAAAGACCUAAAUUUUGACGCACUGGGGAAAAUCAUGUUAAAGCCUCGAGACUCAGCUAGGAGCCAGCAGCAAAAUGCAAAGGAAAGAUCUUGUAAAAAACAUAGACCAUUUUUGACAACCUGUUUACAUAGGGGCUCUGUGCCCCACCAUGACAAAGUGUGCACUGGCCCAACUCUUAAUAGAGGAAUAAUGUUUGGACAAGACUUGACUUCCUUUUGUAAAGACGGAAAGUGGCCCACAAUUAUGGAAUUUUUUCAAAGUAUCAAAGGAAGUCUGCUGACUUAUAAAUUAUAUGGACAGUGGCUUGCUGUAUCUGAAAUGGUCAAUGGCAAAGAGAAAUCAGCAUCAGUGCAGAGUCUUUUAGAAGAACUCCCACAAUCCAAUGAUGCUCUUUUGGGACAACUUUUUAGAAUCUUGCACAAAACUGCAGGCAAUUCUUCUGUUAACCAAAUGCCAUCUUACAAUCUAUCUGCUGGUAUAGUGCCACAUAUCUUAUGCCUUCUUAGCUACCACAAUGAUGCACUGGAAAAUAUUUUUCUUUUAACGUUUAUGAUCAAAAACUCUCCAAAAAUCUUUGGAGAAGAUUUGGAUUUAGUUUGGUAUGAUCCAUCACUUUUUCAUCCACAAGAAAUAAAGGCGUCAUGUUCCCAGAAUACUACAUCUGACACCUGGAACAUAAAGGAAACAGAACAUGGACUCAGCAGCUGUCCCAGGGGGAGGACAUGCACCCCUGGCCAUUAUGUUCUGCCUAUAGAAAAGGGACAAAAUUCCAAUCAAAUAUUUAGAUUCUUACAAGAAAAAUCACACUGGUCCCCGAGGGAUACAAUUUAUACUGAACAGCCAAUUAACUGGAAUGGAGAAUCUGUGCUAGUUGUACCUUCUGUUUUGAAGAUGCCAAACCCAAACUACCUCCUGCUCAAAGAGCUCAUCCACGUGCUAUCAAAAAUUAAAACCUCUACCAUGAAUCACCUAGACUCCUACAUGUUAUCUGUCCACAUAACCCCUCAUGUGCUGUGGGAUACAACUUUCAUUUACUCAUUUGGGAGGGACUUAUCAAAAAAGAUAUCUGUUGUAAAAAUCAUGAUUGACAACUGUGUAGAUAUAUUUGGAGAGGAUAACUAUAUCAUUUGUAAUGGUAAUAAAAAGAGGUCAGAUGACAUAAAGACUUCAGUAAAUACUGUUGGUAAGUCACCUGUUACGAGCAAAGCCAUAGAUGGCCACAGUAGAAAAAACUUAAAUGCUAGUACUGAAGAAUUAAAGAUUUCAUCUGCUGCUCUACAGGAGGAAGGUCCUACAGGUUAA